AUGUUCAAAUGUGUUUCCACCAACUCUCCUCUCCGCUUGCGGCUGCACUGGGUAGGGACAGAGCCGGGCGGGACGCCCCGGGGCCGCGGCGGGCCGCGUUCUCCUCUAGCGCCACGGCGCGAGAAGGCGGGCAGCCGGCGGCGCUCCCAAAAUCCACCCCCACCCCUCAACUUGGCCCCAAGUUUUCGAGGCGGCUGCGGGCGGACGGGCGGACGGGAGCAAGGGCUUCCCCGCGCCUUAGAACUCAACAAAAAUCCAGUGGGAGGCUUUUCAGCAGGUUUAAUAGACGACAAUGAUCUCUAUCGUUGGGAAGUCCUUAUUAUUGGUCCUCCAGAUACACUUUAUGAAGGUGGUGUUUUUAAGGCUUAUCUCAUUUUCCCAAAAGAUUAUCCCCUCCGGCCUCCUAAAAUGAAAUUCAUUACAGAGAUUUGGCCCCCAAAUGGCAAGCUUCCUCUGAUUUGGAACAAAAUAAAAACAGGCUGGUCUUCCCUUGUACCUGACACAGGCAAAUUGAGCUGGCCCAGACAGCAGAGCUCUGUAAGGAAAAACAGUGGCUCUGUCAGCAACUAUGGCACAGGAAGGUCACCUUUUCAUCGUGGUGCUAACAUCCAACUGGAGUGGCAGUAUUACCAAAAUAAAAUCCUGAAAGGAGAAGCAGACAGGAAAACUCGAAGAUCUCAGGGAAGUCUGUUUUUUGAAGUGUUCAGGAACGAGAGGUGUUUUAUUAUCUUUAGUGUGAUGUUUUCUACCAUUUUUGUACGAGGAGUUUUUCCUGUGUUGAAUUUUGGUUCUUAAGUUGGAAAGUAAAGCAACCUAGUAAUAUUCUUCAUUCCUACCUUUGCUCUCUUUUUUUAAUGUGUUGUUUUCCCUUUAUUGUUUAUGAAAAUGAAACCAUAUCUUUGUAAUAAUAAAAACUUUGAGGUGAUGCAUCAAAUUAUUCUAAUAAACUUAUGAUUGUGCCUAUGUAAAUUAUAUUUCCAUAGUACUAGUUAUUUUUACUUAGCAUUUGUCCUUGGCAAAAUGGCUUUUUGUAAUUCCUUUUAUAUCUCAGUCUCAACUUUAAGUCAGGAUAUUAAGCCUUGUGUCUGACAGUUAAAAAUAAACAUGAAACACUGCUUGUCUUUUU